AUGUUUAGUUUUCAAGAUGCCACUAUUUUACGGCAAAUGAAAGAGGAACCACUGGGAAUCCGUACACAUUGGACACCAACUGUAGUUGAUACCUCACCAACAAGCGCUCAACUAGUUCGAGCUCAUUUUGAGAAACAUCCACCAAGCAACCUUCGAAAGAGCAAUUUCUUCCAUUUUGUUGUUGCGCUCUACGAUCGUGUUGGACAACCGAUUGAGAUCGAGCGAACACAGUUUGCUGAUUUUGUGGAAAAAGAUCGUGAAGUUGAUGGACAAGUAACCCGGAACGGAAUCCAUUAUAAGCUGUGGCUAGUGUUUGCCAAUGGUUCGGUUAAAUUUCUUCAUCUACCUAUUUAUUCAUUAAUUCCAUCUGUAUCGGCUACAGAUGUUUCCUGA